ACCUCUGAAAUUGAAGUCGUGUCAAAUGUCUGAUAUUGACCCAUAUGAUUACAUUCAAUUAUUAUAUUUUUUAAAAUAUUACAAGUGUUGAGGUGAAAGUUGUUGUGACAAGUGAGUUAAGUCUCAUAUUGCUUAGAAAAGUAGAGGUUGAACACUAUAUAAGUGAGAGGACUCUCUUAAUCCCAAUGUGAAUGAUCCCCAUGCUGCACCUCGUGACCCAACAAUAGUGUCCAGUAUUUAAGUCGGUACUUCAUAGGCAUGGGACUCCGGUCAAAGAUAACCUAAUUCACCAAAAAUAAAAAUAAUUUCACCACAAUACUUACAAAAUGUAUGCAUAAGAAAGAACCAAGAGUGAACAGAUAGUUAGUUCAUUGAUAUUGAAUGAAUGGCAGAAACUGCUUCCUAGUCCUAUAACCUUGGUUCAUAACCUCUUCUGUAGUGUACUUGUUUAUCCAAAUCUCUAUCUCUUUUCUCCAUUUGAAGAGAAAAUGGCAAAAAAACACCUACUCCUUCUAAUCUUGUUCCUUUCCAUCAUCAAUCUUUCACAACAGUUACAAUAUUCUCAAUCUCAAACACUUCUCAAACUUCAACAACUUCUUGGCUACCCUUCAACAUUAACAACCUUAAGCAGCACCAAAGAUUUAUGCAACAUUGAACCUACUCAAUAUUUGACACUGGUGUGCUAUGAAGACAAUUUAACACAGUUGCAUGUUGUUGGAAACAAAAAUGAGUUCACCACAUUACCUCAAGACUUCAACUCAUACACACUUUUUUCAACACUUUCCACUCUUUCAAGCUUGAAAGUUCUCUCUUUAGUUUCUCUUGGUUUAUGGGGUCCUUUACCUGAAACCAUAGCUCAAUUAUCUUCAUUGGAAAUACUAAACAUUACUUCAAAUUAUUUCAGUGGAGUUAUACCAUUUCACCUUUCAUAUCUUAAUAAUCUUCAAUCAUUAGUACUUGAUGAUAAUAAUUUCAAUGGUGAAAUUCCAAACUUAGGUUCACUUCAAGGUUUGGUUGUGCUUAGUAUGAAGAAAAAUUUCCUUAGUGGCAACUUACCAAAUUCAUUGAAUGAACUUGUUACUCUUAGAGUUUUAGAUCUAUCAAAUAAUCAAUUAUUUGGUGAAUUACCUCAUCUUCAUAAUUUGGUUAAUCUCCAAGUUCUUCACUUAGAAAAUAACACAUUAGGACCUCACUUUCCUUCUCUUCCUACAAAGUUAGUUUCACUUGUGAUGAGAAACAAUAGUUUUCGACUCGGUGUACCUUCUAAUAUAAGUUCUUUCUAUCAACUUCAAAAGUUGGACCUUUCUUUGAAUGGUUUUGUCGGGCCUUUUCCGCCGUCUUUAUUGUCAUUACCUUCUAUCAACUACCUUGAUGUUUCUUCAAAUAAGUUCACUGGUAUGCUUUUCAAGAAUUUUUCAUGCAAUGAUGAUCUUCAUUUUGUGAAUUUGUCUUCAAAUUAUUUGAAAGGUGAACUACCUAGUUGUUUGAGACCAAAGAAAACAAAGGUUAUUUUGUAUGGUGGAAAUUGUUUAUCAAAUGUGAAACAAAAUCAACAUAGUUAUAGUUUCUGCAGCAAUGAAGCUUUAGCAGUGAAUAUCACUCCUCAUCAAGAACAGAAACAUAAGGGAACAGCAAAUAAAACAGUAUUUGUAUCAUCAAGUUUAGGAGUUGUUGGAGUAUUGAUUGUUGCAGUUGUUAUCUUUGUUGUUAAUGAAGUUCAUAAGAAAAGUGUUAUGAAAAAAACUUCAAUGUCUACAUUGGAGGAUGUUAUACAGAAUGAAGAUAAAGAGAAAACUACUGCAAGGUCUAUAGUGGAGCAUAUCAUCAAGAAGGUUCCUGAUAAAGAAGCUGUUAAAACACUGACAAAAUCCAUAAAGGAACAGAUAGUGAUCCGAGUCGGUAAUAGGCGCCAUGUGAGGAGGCCUUCGAGGUCCAUCAUUGAACAUGUAUCAUCAGUAAACACUGCAAAAUUACUCACAGAUGCAAGGUGUAUAUCUGAAACAAUGAAGAUGGGAACUGGUCUUCCUGCUUAUAGGACAUUUGCUUUGGACCAACUUAAGGAAGCUACAAAUAAUUUUGAUGAAUCAAGUCUCAUAAGUGAAGGUCCACUUGGUCAGAUAUAUAAUGGGGUUCUUUCUGAUGGGAUGAAUAUUACUAUUAGAGGAAUGAAGAUAAGAAAGAAACACAGCCCUCAGGCCUAUAUGCACCAUGUUGAGUUGAUUUCAAAACUUAGGCAUUCACACUUGGUUAGUUCACUUGGUCAUUCUUUUGAUUGCAACCAAGAAGAUUCAAGUGUCAACACUAUAUUUCUCAUAUUUGAGUUUGUUCAAGACAAAAGUUUAAGAAGCCGCGUCUCUGUAUCAAAUGGAGAAAGGCUUUGUUGGACACAAAGAAUAGCAGCCACUAUCGGAGUUGUGAAAGGCGUUCAAUUUUUGCAUACUGGGAUAGUGCCUGGAUUGUAUUCAAAUAAUCUCAAGAUAACUGAUAUUCUUUUGGAUAACAAUCAUAAUGUGAAAAUAAGCAGUUAUAAUCUGCCAAUCUAUGCUGAAAACAAAAGAAUGGUCAACAAUGGAACUUCUGUUGGAGUAAAAGGAAAUCUCCAAGCAAGGAUAAAUGAUGGAGACAAGAAUGAUGUGUAUGAUAUUGGGGUAAUCUUGCUAGAAAUCAUUCUGGGACGACCAAUAAUGUUCCACAAUGAAGUUGGAAUAUUAAAAGAUCUUUUGCAUGUAAGCAUCAAAACCGACGAUAUAGCUAGAAGGAGUAUUGUUGAUCCAUUUGUUCACAAGGAAUGUUCAGAUGAAUCAUUAAUGAAAAUGAUGGAGAUAUGUGUAAGGUGUCUCUCUAGUGAACCAAAUGAAAGACCUUCUGUGGAAGAUAUCCUUUGGAAUUUGCAAUUUGCAGCACAAGUUCAGAAUUCAUGGAAAAGAGAAACAAAUGAUCAUAGAGACUCACCUAAAUCAUCCUCAAGAGAGACAUAAUUGUUGCUAUGAAAUUAACAUAAAACUGAUACGGUGUAUGCUAUUAUGUACAAAAAGUUUCAUUUUUUUAUAUGAAGAUUGUAAUUUGUAAUAGAUUGAAUGAGCAUGAUUAAUCACCCUUUUAUUUAUUUUUA